AUGGCUCCUAGACCGAGACCAGCAGCUCCUGCACCUACAUAUGCGGAUUUGUUUGGCGAUGGAUCUUCCUCUAGCGGUCCAUCGUCUUCUUCCGGGACAGUUCCGGACUCUCACACAUCUCGGAGAGUUUCUUCGAUCCCUCCUCCUCUUCCAUCUCAGAUGCCUCCCCCACCAGCUCCACCUGUCGCCCCGGAUCAGCCUGCCCCACCGGCUGCAGUUCAUCCCGAUUUGCGGGUGCCAGCUCAUGCACCAUUCGCAAGAUACACCGUCGAGGAUUUGCUUGCCCAGCCCUCAGCCAACUACUUCGAUGACGAUGAUGUUGGCCUUUAG